AUUUUUAUUUAUAAUUUCGAUGAACUGUUCACAAUUUUAUAUUUAUUUUUAAAUACACGCACAUUUAUGCUAUCGCACAAACUUUGUAGAGCCGGCCCGCUCUCUUCUUGGGCCACCGCGAGCGCGAUUCGCACGACUACAGCCACAACUGCCCCUGCCGCCAGGGCGUCGCUGCUGGUUUCUGGCAGAGCGCAGAUCGGUCAGCGUCGCUGGUUGCUGACCGCCAUUGGGAACCGCAGCCACUAUAUGACUACGAAGCCUCUCACCGCUUUGGCUGCCACAGCCACUGUUGUUUCUCGCCGUGGUUACGCAAUGGGUCCUCAGGGAUUCCGGAUGGCCCAGGAGCCGGCCGCGCCUGAGCCUGGAGAGGCGCUGAAGAAAUACGGCGUAGACAUGACCGAGCUCGCCAAGAACGGUAAGCUGGAUCCGGUCAUCGGCCGCGACGACAUCAUCCGGCGUGUGAUUCAGAUUCUCUCGCGGCGCACAAAAAACUCUCCUGUGCUGACUGGUGUUGCUGGCGCCGGCAAAACGGCAAUUGCCGAGGGUCUGGCGCAGCGCAUAGUCAAGGGCGAGGUGCCCGAGAGCAUGAAGGAGAAGCGACUGAUUGCGCUUGAUCUGGGCGGGCUAAUCGCCGGCACAAAAUUCCGCGGCGAGUUCGAGGAGCGCCUCAAAGCAGUGCUCAAGGACAUUGAGGACGCACCGGACGUUAUUAUCUUUAUUGAUGAGCUGCACAUGCUGUUGGGGCUUGGCAAGACUGACGGCGGCAUGGACGGCGCCAACUUACUCAAGCCGGCGCUCGCCCGCGGCACGCUGCACUGCCUGGGCGCGACCACGCUGGACGAGUACCGCAAGUACAUCGAAAAGGACGCCGCCUUAGCACGCCGCUUCCAGCCGGUGAUUGUCAGCGAGCCCUCGGUGCCCAGCACAAUCUCGAUCCUGCGCGGCCUCAAGCCUAAGUAUGAGGUGUUCCACGGCGUGCAGAUUGCUGACAGCGCGCUUGUCAGCGCAGCAACACUUGCACAUCGCUAUAUUACCACCAGACACCUGCCAGACUCGGCCAUCGACCUGGUUGAUGAGGCGUGCAGCAUGCUGCGCACGCAGCAGGAGAGCAAGCCCGAGCCGAUUGAACAGCUUGACCGUGCCAUCAUGACUAUCCAGAUUGAGCUCGAAAGCCUGAAAAAGGAGCAAGACGUGGCCAGCACGGAGCGCCGCGACACGCUGCAGAAGCUGCUCGAGGACAAACAGGAGGAGUGCAAGCGGCUGACUGACCAAUGGGACACGGAGCGUACCGAGCUCGACCGCAUAAAGUCCAUCCGCAAGCGCCUUGAUGUUAUACAAAACGAGCUCGAACAGGCGCAGAGAUCGGGAAACUUUACCCGCGCGUCCGAGCUGCAGUACGGCGCCAUCCCAAAGCUGCAGGAAGAGCUCGCCGGCCACAAAGAAAAGGCGCACGGGGGCAACUUGCUCAGCGAUCGGGUCACUUCGGACUCGAUUGCGCAGACGGUCUCACGAGCCACAGGCAUCCCGGUGUCGUCAUUGCAGCAAAGUGAGAAGAAGAAGCUCUUGCAAAUGGAAAACGCGCUGAGGAGGCGCGUAGUCGGCCAGGAUGUGGCUAUUUCGGCCGUCGCCGAGGCCGUUCGCCUCAGCCGCUCGGGACUGCAGAGUGACCAUCGCCCGAUUGCUUCGUUCAUCUUUGCCGGAGGCACAGGCACCGGAAAGACCGAGCUGUGCAAGGCCCUGGCCGAGUUCCUGUUUGACACCGAGUCGGCCAUCGUGCGCAUCGACAUGAGCGAGUACAUGGAGCGCUUUUCGACGUCACGUCUGAUCGGCGCGCCGCCCGGGUAUGUGGGUUCCGAGAACGGCGGCGAGCUGACCGAAGCCGUCCUGCGCAAGCCGUACUCUGUCGUGCUAUUUGACGAGAUCGAGAAAGCGCACCGUGACGUGGCCAAUCUUUUGCUGCAGGUGCUCGACGAGGGCCACUUGACCGACUCUCAGGGCCGCAAAAUUGACUUCCGCCAGACCAUAAUUGUGUGCACCAGCAACCUGGGCUCGGACCUGCUAGCCACUGACCCUGCGGCUGAUCCAGACGCUCCCGAGUCUGAGGUCGUCAGCCCCGCCAUUCAGUUGCAGAUCAAGGGCAUGGUCGCUCAGCACUUUAGCCCCGAGUUUGCCAACCGCAUUGACGACCUGAUUGUUUUCAACCGGCUUUCGCGCCAUGCUAUUCGCCAGAUUGUUGACGUUCGUCUGGCCGAAGUGCAGAAACACCUUGACGAUCGUCGUAUUAAGCUUGAGGUCUCGGACGAUGCCAAGGAGUGGCUGGCCGACCGCGGCUACGAUCCCGUGUAUGGCGCUCGCCCGCUGAACCGUGUGAUUCACAAGCGCCUCUUGAAUCCGCUCGCGCGCUGCCUGAUCGACGGCAGCAUCUGCAAUGCCGAAACGGUCAAGGUGCGUGUUGAGGGCGAGGGCAUCACCCGCGAGCUGGCGAUAGUGCAAAACCACAAGUCCAACCCGAAUGUCGGCGAGAGCAACGACGGCGAGCAUGAUGUCGAUAACCACGACGCUGACUUUACCGAGAUUCCUCCCGCAAAGGAGUAAGGUGCUAGCGUGCUGGUGCUUUUUUAUCUUAUUUUUCCUACUAUUAGAAUUACUGAAUAUAAAAUAUUUUGUUUUGAUAAAGCCACCAAUACAUAAAUACCAAUACAUCUAUC